AUGAGUGGGGAGCCAGACGCUUUGGCUGUGGUGAACCAGCUGAGGGAUCUUGCUGCAGAUCCCAUGAACAGAAGAGCCAUCGUUCAGGACCAAGGUUGCUUACCGGGACUUAUCCUUUUUCUGGACCACCCCAACCCCCAGGUUGUCUACUCAGCACUCCUGGUAAGGCCCCUUGUAGCAGAUGCAUUGCAUUCUAAAGGCGUCUGCAUACAUACGUUUGGUUUGCUCCUAGCAGAUCUCUGCUAGGCGUACUCCCUAAAGACUUUAGCUUGAAAAACAAGAAUAAAGCGGCAAUAUUACUGUCCCUCUUGAGCCAUCGUAGCAACAACAUAGUAAGACUUCCUCAAAAUAGUCUGAAUUAAUCUAAGAUAAAUCAAGAAAUCUGUCAAGUUUUUGCUGAGGAGGUCUUAGUCAUGCAAUUUUACAUCUAGCUAAGAUGUUUGGUGCAGUACUUCUCAAGUGAAAAAAUGUGCAUGAAAAACUAGGAGUGCACUGCAGACAGUAGGGCCUAGCUGGUCAAUGCACCUGGUUACUGAAGUGACUUGGCUGCCUUGAAGAGUCUGUCUCUAAUCGUAAUCUUAAUUCAAAUACCAUGCUCCUUAACCUUGUAUGCGGAAAUGUAAUUGUGCUGUGGGAUGAAUGCGUUUCUUAUGUUCCAAACUUGUGAUUGUGUGCCCUUCAGGCUGUGCGCUACCUCACAGAAUGCCAUCAAAACAGGGAGAAGCUGAGGGGAGAGCUUGGGAUGAUGUUAAGUCUUCAGAAUGUCAUGCAAAAGUGAGUAUAUGGCCCUUGCGGAAGCCCAGAUCAUGAUAGUGUUGUCUCACUCAUCUUCUCUGUUGAUAUCAUUAUCAAAUAGAAAAUAUUUUUUAUUCUUUGCAAAUCUUUCUUUGCAUCUCUUCUUUUUCCGUGUGAGACGCACAGUUGCAAAAAAGCAACAGGUCCUAAACUCAUGUCAAACAUUACAUAGCUCAUCUCCUUAGACCCAGAUGUAUCUCUAAGUAGCAUUUUCUGUGUGUUCUGUCUUCUCUAAGAUGUAGUGAUUAUGUAUUUUUUAAAAUAUAUAUAUAUAUACAAACAUUCUGAGCUAGAGGUAUUUUUGUAAGUCUUGCAAAAACGCAUUUGUAAUUUUGCUUGGGUCUCGGUUAAAGGCCCAGUGCAGUCAAACAUGAUUUUCCUGUGUUUUACAGUGCAUUCAGAAAGUAUUCAGACUCCUUUAGUUUUUACACAUUUUGUUACGUUACAGCCUUCUUCUAAAAUGUAUGAAAUAAAUAAAAAUCCUCAUCAAUCUACACACAAUACCCCAUAAUGACAAAGUGAAAACAGGUUGUUAGACAUUUUUACACAAAAAAAUAAAAUAAACGUAUUUAUAUAAGUAUUCAGACCCUUUGCUAUGAGACUCGAAAUUGAGCCCAGGUGCAUCCUGUUUCCAUUGAUCAUCCUUGAGAUGUUUGUACAACUUGAUUGGAGUCCACCUGUGGUAAAUUCAAUUGAUUGGACAUGAUUUGGAAAGGCACACACCUGUCUAUAUAAGGUCCCACAGUUGACAGUGCAUGUCAGAGCAAAAACCAAGCCAUGAAGUCGAAGGAAUUGUCCGUAGAGCUCCGAGACAGGAUUGUGUCGAGGCACAGAUCUGGGGAAGGGUACCAAAAAAUGUCUGCAGCAUUGAAGGUCCCCAAGAACACAGUGUCCUCCAUCAUUAUUAAAUGGAAGAAGUUUGGAACCACCAAGACUCUUCCUAGAGCUGGCCGCCCGGCCAAACUGAGCAAUCGGGGGCGAAGGGCCAAUGGUCACUCUGACAGAAGUCCAGAGUUCCUCUGUGGAGAUGGGAGAACCUUCCAGAAGGACAACCAUCUCUGCUGCACUCCACCAAUCAGGCCUUUAUGGUAGAGUGGCCAAACGGAAGCCACUCCUCAGUAAAAAGCACAUGACAGCCCGCUUGGAGUUUGCCAAAAGGCACCUAAAGGACUCUCAACCAUGAGAAACAAGAUUCUCUGGUCUGAUGAAACCAAGAUUGAACUUUUUGGCCUGGAUGUCAAGUGUCAUGUCUGGAGGAAACCUGGCACCAUCCCUACGGUGAAGCAUGGUGGUGGCAGCAUCAUGCUGUGGGGAUAUUUUUCAGCGGCAGGGACUGGGAGACUAGUCAGGAUCGAGGGAAAGAUGAACAGAGCAAAGUACAGAGAGACCCUUGAUGAAACCUUCUCCAGAGCGCUCAGGACCUCAGACUGGGGCGAAGGUUCACCUUCCAACAGAACAACAACCCUAAGCACAUAGCCAAGACAACGCAGGAGGGGCUUUGGGACAAGUCUCUGAAUGUCCUUGAGUGGCCCAGCCAGAGCCCGGACUUGAACCCGAUCGAACAUCUCUGGAGAGACCUGAAAAUAGCUGUGCAGUGACGCUCCCCUUCCAACCUGAGAGAGCUUGAGAGGAUCUGCAGAGAAGAACGUGAGAAACUCCCCAAAUACAGGUGUGCCAAGCUUGUAGCGUCAUACCCAAGAAGACUUGAGGCUGUAAUCGCUGCCAAAGGUGCUUUAACAAAGUACUGAGUAAAGGGUCUGAAUACUUAUGUAAAUGUGAUAUUUUAAUUUUUAAUACAUUUGCAAACAUUUUGAAUAUCCUGUUUUUUCUUUGUCAUUAUGGGGUAUUGUGUGUAGAUUGAUGGAGAAAAAAUGACAAUUUAAUCGAUUUUAAAAUACGUCUGUAACGUAACAAAAUGUGUAAAAAGUCAAGGGGUCUGAAUACUUUCCGAAUGCACUGUAUAUACGCUGAACAAAAAUAUAAACGCAACAUGCAACAAUUUUACUGAGUUACAGUUCAUAUAAGGAAAUCAGUCAAUUGAAAUAAAUAAAUUGGGCCCUAAUCUAUGGAUUUCACAUGACUGGGAAUACAGACAUGCAUUUGUUGGUCACAGAUACCUUUAAAAAAAGGUAGGGGCGUGGAUCAGAAAACCAAUCAGUAUCUGGUGUGACCACCAUUUGCCUCAUGCAGCGCGACACAUCUCCUUCGCAGAGAGUUGAUCAGGCUGUUGAUUGUGGCCUGUGGAAUGUUGUCCCACUCUUCAAUGGCUGUGAGAAGUUGCUGGAUAUUGGCGGGAACUAGAACACGCUGUCCUACACAUUGAUCCCAAGCAUGCUCAAUGGAUGACAUGUCUGGUGAGUAUGCAGGCCAUGGAAGAACUGGGACAUUUUCAGCUUUCAGGAAUUGUGUACAGAUCCUUGCGACAUGGGGCUGUGCAUUAUCAUGCUGAAACAAGGUGAUGGCGGCACAUGGAUGGCACGACAAUGGGCCUCAGCAUCUCGUCACGGUAUCUCUGUGCAUUCAAAUUUCCAUCGAUAAAAUGCAAUUGUGUUAAUUGUCCAUAGCUUAUGCCUGCCCAUACCAUAACCCUACUGCUACCAUGGGGCACUCUGUUCAAUGUUGACAUCAGCAAACCGCUCGCCCACACGACGCCAUACCCGGUACAGUUGAAACCGGGAUUCAUCCGUGAAGAGCACACUUCUCCAGCAUGCCAGUGGCCAUCAAAGGUGAGCGUUUUCCCACUGAAGUCGGUUACAACACCGAACUGCAGUAAGGUCAAGACCCUGGUGAGGACGACAAGCACGCAGAUGAGCUUCUCUGAGACGGUUUCUGACAGUUUGUGCAGAAAUUAUUCGGUUGUGCAAACCCACAGUUUCAUCAGCUGUCCGGGUGGCUAGUCUCAGACGAUCCCGCAGGUGAAGAAGCCGGACGUGGAGGUCCUGAGCUGGCGUGGUUACACGUGGUCUGCAGUCGAGGCCGGUUAGACGUACUGCCAAAUUCUCCUUUGGAGGCGGCUUAUGGUAGAAAAAUGUACAUUAAAUCAGCCCUCAAAAGACAUCUGUUGCAUUGUGUUGUGUGACAAAACUGCACAUUUUAGAGUGAUGAUGAAAACUGCACAUUUUAAAAUGAUGAUACUGCCCGUUUAGUGAAAUUUCAGCCUGUUGUGGUGGGAUGGAUAUUUAGCCUGCCUGGUGACAUCACCAGGAGGUAAAUUAGUUUAUAGACGAAUAAGAAAGAGUUCCAAACCUCUCUGCCAAUAAGUUUUAUUAGCCGGCUGGACUUCACUAAAGUCCCAUGGUUCACUUCAUUACUCCCUUCUUGUUUACAAAGCUCUGCUCCACAAGCUUCCAACAUACCUCACUUCCCUGUUGAAAUAAAACAAAUAUGAGAUACUAAACCCGUUCGCAGGGUUGGUUAACUCUUGAGGUCCCGCUUGUAUCCACAAAGUUAUGGAAUAUUUUACAAAACAAAUUGCACCUGGAUUCCCUGGUGCCGUAAGGAUAGUUUAAAACUCUGUUGUUAAUUGAGUUCACUGAAGUGUGCAAUUGUUUCAAUUGACUAUUAGAACUUGCUGUAAUGUACACUGAGUGUACAAAACAUUAGGAACACCUUCCUAAUAUUGAGUUGCACCCCCUUUUGCCCUCAGAACAGCCUCAAUUCGUCAGGGCAUGGACUCUACAAGGUGUCAAGCGUUCCACAGGGAUGCUGGCCCAUGUUGACUCCGAUGCUUCCCACAGUUGUGUCUAGUUGGCUGGAUGUCCUUUGGGUGGUGGACCAUUCUUGAUACACAUGGGAAACUGUUGAGCAUGGAAAAACCCAGCAGCAUUGCAGUUCUUGACACACUCAAACUGGUACCUGCCACCUGCCGUGUUCAAAGGCACAAUCUAUGUCUCAAUUGACUGAAGGCUUAAAAAUCCUUCUUUAACCUGUCUCCUCCCCUUCAUCUACACUGAUUUGAAGUGGAUUUAACAAGUGACAUCCAUAAGGGAUCAUUACUUUCACCUGGUCAGUCUGUCUAUGUCAAGUGUACAAAAUCUUCAUGAUGUUUGUCUAUAAAAUGUAUCUUCUCCAACCAGCCACACAGUCCUUUAAACAUUGCUCAUAAUCCUCCACAUAUCGUCAGGGCAUGGCAAUUGUUUUGAAUGUUUUGUACACUCAGUGUAUUUAUAGCUGUCUUGUAGUUUUUAUCUUUUGUUUUUGUGUUGUCCUCAGGGAACCAUUGCAAAUGAGACACUGGUCUCAAUUGGGCUCCCCUGAAUAAAUAAUAAUGUAUGGGAUACACAUGGUACACUUGCAGGUUCCUUCUGACAAUGCAACAACAAUAAGAAAUAAUAAAAGAUAAGAAUACCAACAUAAAGUAAAUGGCUCAGUAGAAUAAAAUAAACAUUUUAGCAUAAAUCUAAUACAGGAUAACAGAUAUGUUUAUAUCAAUAACAGCUAUGUUUUCAGUUUUCCCCUCCCAACUCAGACCACUCACAGACAGUCCUAGGAAAAGUCUUGCUUGAUAAAUUGCUCUUUGCUAAAAAGCUAUUUUUGUAUUUUUUGGACAAUUGUUUAUAAAAAACAAUCACAGUAAGGUACUUAAUUGUUACCCAGAAAUUAUUUGAUAUUGAGAUAAAAACGGCUGCAUUGGGCCUUUAAGAGCCAGUACGUUAACACUAUGUUGAGAUGAUGACUAAAAUCUUCCAUCUCUUUCCCCCUUAGGACAACCACCCCGGGAGAGACCAAGCUGCUGGCCUCAGAAAUAUAUGAACUCCUCCAGGCCUCUAACAGUGAGGAUGCAGGCAAGCCAGAGGAGGGGCCCUCCUGCAGACGCAAGGCCCAGUUCUUCCUGGGCUCCACCAACAAGCGGGCCAAAACAGUGGUCCUCCACAUAGAUGGCCUGGAUGACUCUGUGAGUGCCCCCAUACUGAUCAAUAAGUAUAUUGAUAAGGAGACGGCACACCAUGUUAGCUCCAGUAACUUCUUUACUAAGAUAAAACUGUAUAUGUUACACAGAGCAUUAUGGGUUCUGUAAUACAUUAUGCUAUAGUAAGUAGCUAUUAGUUAAGGGGAAAGUUCUGGUAUUCCACUACCUGAUGUAAGGUGAGUUUAUACAUUUAUUCCCAUUCAUCUCCAGAGCCGGAGGAGCAUUUGUGAAGAGGCCCUGUUGAAGAUCCGAGGUGUCAUCAGCAUCACAUUCCAGAUGGCCGUUAAGAGGUGCAUCAUCAGAAUACGCUCAGACCUGAAGGCAGAGGUGAGUCACAUUCUGUCUGUCCUAUUACAGCAUAUUCUGGGGAGGGGAUGGAGGAGGGCAGAGGUGAGUCUAAUCUCGGCAACCCAGAAUCAAUAUCUUGCAGCUACUUGAUUAGCUGGGGAAGAUAUGAGAUAUAACACUAGAGUGAGUGGCAGAACCAGGAUGGAUCCUCUUUGGUAGCUCAACCCAACUCUCUCUGCAAGUCUCGGGCAAGUGUAUGGGGCAAAAGUCCCCUCCCCUUCCAAAAUUUGAAAGAUACCAGGUGUAGGUGCACACCCUGUGAAAUUAUAAUUUGUCCAAAUAACCAGCCUUGUAAAAUCAGCACACUGGAACAGUUGUUCCUGGUUAUUCGUCAAAUCCCAUAGUGCUUGGACAGAUGUUAAACGUAUGUCCACGAGAGAUUAAGGUGAGUCAAACAACCUGCAGCCCUGUAACAACACAUUCUGGGGAGGGGGGAGGGAAUCAUGGCUGACGUGUGUCGUUAAUUGAAAACUCUGCUUCCUCUGUAGGCUCUGGGUUCUGCCAUCGCCUCAACCGAAGUAAUGAAAGCUCAACAGGUGGUCAGGGGAAAGGAUGGAAAUGAGGUGUGUCUUUCUGAAUUAAUUUCCAGUUUUAUGUUUCUGUUGUUUUAACAGAGCCUUGGUUGAAUCAGUGUUGUUUUCUAGUCUGUCAAUUUAAUUUAAUUCAAUUUAUUUUAAUUCCCAGAGAAGGUCUUUACAAAUAUUAUCAAGUAAUGAUCUUAUCUCAAGGACAAAGCUUACAAAAAGGAGUUGGGUAUCUAAUCAGAAUCUAAAUUCAAAUACCAUGGUCCUUGACCUUGUAUGCCGGGAAUAUAAUCUACCUUGGGGUGCACAUUGAAUUGAGCACUUCCUUUUGCUGUUUAGGUAAUCAUCCCAUUCCCAGAGGACGGUUCGGUAGCGGUGGAGCAGAAUGUGGAUCUUCCAGACUACCUUCCAGAGGAGGAGAGCCCGUCCCAGGAGCCAGACAAGGCUGUGACCCGCGUGGGCACAGGGCAGGACGGAGCAGGCUGGCUCGGCACUGCGGCUAACUUUCUGUCCCGCUCUUUCUACUGGUGACUCCCAGACCACUUACACCUCUUCAGACAGAAUCAGGCUCCCAGCUGCCAAAGAACUGGACAGCUGCCAAAGGCAAUGUGUAACAACAAACGAUUCCAAUGGUAUGCAGUCCACACAUGCACGCAUCCACAAUCUUACACACACUCCCACCUGGCACCAUACAGAGUCACCAAGCCAUUGAGGGAGAGGACCGGCUUCCGGAAUGGAUUCUUAUUUCUUAUCUUUUGGGUUUUAAUUGAGAGCUAGACUAUUCUUUCUGCAAAUGUAAACGGGUCCAUGUAUUUGAAAACCAAAAUGUCUUAUUGUGAGCUUUAUUGUGGCAACAUUAAUAGAACUUGAUCCAUCAGAAACGUUGCCACAAAAUGAAGUUCCUGUAUUUAGAAUGAUUUGAAGGAUCUGAACUCAUUAAUGGUCUUUUUAACCUAUCUUUGAACAAGAACAGACUCAUCCUUCCCUCUUUUCUCAAUGGGUGUUCUAGAAUAUGCAGUAAUCAGCGUGUGUUCAGUUAUCGUGCCUUCUGUUUUGUUUACAUGGAUACCCUUGCUUGGCUGACUGUCUGCUUUAGUUCUGAAGCCUGUAAGGCUCCUUCCUUUAAUAUACCAAAGGUUACUGAUGCAGACACUGUAUAAACUCCAAUGUGGGUACUCUUUCAAUUCCAAUGCCAACUUAAAUCAUUCAUGGGAUAUAUGUGGAGGAUUAUGAGCAAUGUUUAAAGGACUGUGUGGCUGGUUGGAGAAGACAUUUUAUCUAUAGUAAAAGCAUAAAGAUUUUGCACAGUCUGAGCACUGUGUGGUAUUCUCGAACAAUGUGGUGUCAUGCUUUAUUAGCUUGGUUUAUGUUGAGUAUUGCUCAUUACAGAACAAUAUUAGUAUAUAUUUCCUAAGGAAGAGCAUUGUUCCUCUUUAAGGGACAGCCUCUGACAUUUUUUGGGGAAUAAGAUUCCUUUCUCCAAUGUCUUGCAUGAUUUAAUGCAUAUUUAAAAAUAAUACAAGGCUAAACCUAAUCUCUCGUGGACAGACUACAU